AUGGCUUCCUCGACGGAGCUCACCACCACUGUCUCGCCAACGGCGCUGGCCACGAUGACGACGAGUUACAACCAAACCGAAUCGAGCCACAUGCUGGUCCCGAUGACGACGCCGUUUUCCAUGUCGCCAGGAUGCUUCGACAUUGUCUGGGCCGGUGGAAGCGAGGAAAAUGGAGCCAAUCAGAGCGUGCCCCAGCUGACGCAGAAUUUGGACAACGUCUACCAUGAUUCGUGCUGGCCCGACGGCGAGUUCCACGCAAGCUACAGCCCGGCCGUUUGCCCGAGCGGAUGGACGUAUUACAGCAUCCUUGCUGGCGAUCCAACGGAAACAAUUCUCCAGUGGACGUCUUCUACGGGUGCUUCUACGUCGUCUAUAGUAACCUCGUACACGAGUCAAAUCUCUGCCUUGUGCUGCCCUAGGGACACCCACAUCCCGCACCCUUGCUACCGCACCAUCACAUCCGGCGAGCUCUCCCUCAUAGUAACCCAUGAAACCAACGGCGUUCCCACUCCCUUUGACGGCGCGGCCACGCUCGUGGUUCCCACGCCCUUGACCGUGUUUUGGCACGCCAGCGAUGCCAGCACGCUGACGCCGCGGCCGCCUGACCUGCCCGAGAACUCGUUUGCGCCGUCGUGGGUGCCAGGCCAGCCGGUAGUGUUCCAAAAUGAGCUCCAGUACGACGACUCGCCAAGGACUACUCGCCUGGCAACGGGCGUGUUUGCCGCCGUCAUUGCGGUCCCCAUCAUCAUCUUCCUUGCCAUUCUCGGGUGCUGCAUCUGCUGCUUCCGCUACCGGCGGCGGCGCGAGAAGCGCGAGAUUGCCAAGGAGCAGGAGGAGUCGCAGGCGCUGGCGGUCGAACGGACGUCGACGCAGGAGCGCACCCCGAAUCAGUCGACGGACGGAGAGGCGGAAGGGGUGGAACAGGGACGGCGACAGGAAGCGGCAGCGGUUCCUGUCGCGGCUGGUUCUUCGGUUACGGCCGGCCAAAGGAGCCCCCCGGAUGCACAACCACAUGCAGCAGACGAGCUGCCAGCUGGAAACACCAUAGUGCACUCGCUGUCUGGUAUUUCGAAACCUCCUUACCCAGGGCUGCCGACACAUGGUUUCGACGGCAUCGAAGAGCCGCCGCCGUACGCAGAGGCCGCGCCCAGUUAUCCAAUACACGCCAGGCCUGCGGCAACGCUGCCCACCCCUCCGACACAAGAACACACUGAACGCACGACACACCACGAGGGCACAAACCCGCCAGCAACAUGA